AUGGCCGCAGUGCAGAAUAUGGCGCAGAGCACGUCAACCUUGAUUGCGUCACAGCAGAGCUCGACGACGUUGAUACCAUCGCAGCAACCCGGAGAUGGCCACACUCUUGACAAUACAGGUUACUGCCUGCUGUCUCUGGAUGGUGGCGGUGUCCGAGGCCUCUCGACCCUCUAUAUCUUGCAAAGCAUCAUGAAGCGCCUGAACUUUAUGCGCGAAGAGGCUGGGCUGCGGCCGAGGAAGCCGUGCGAGAUUUUUGAUCUCAUCGGUGGGACGAGCACUGGAGGGCUCAUUGCGAUCAUGCUCGGCCACCUGGAGAUGUCCGUCGAGGAAUGUAUUGCAGCCUACACCAAGUUAAUGCGGCACAUCUUCGAAAAGAAGAAGAAUCGCUCUUUCGUAAGCAAGAUGGGACGCGUGAAGGCGCGAUUCUCGGCAGAGGCGCUCGCCGAGGCCAUUUCAACGGUUAUCAAAGACCGUGGGAGAUCGGUGAACGAGAAGUUCGAGAACGGAACGAAGCCCCGAUGUAGAGUCUUCGUCUGCACCAAGUUCCAGAAGACGAAUACGAUAACCCGUCUACGCAACUAUCGCGUGCCCGUGGGCUCUGACAACCAUCCCACCAUCCUUGAAGCUGCGCUUGCAACCUCGGCCGCCCCAACCUACUUCUCUGAAGCUAGCAUUGAAGGAAGCAAGUUCGUUGAUGGCGCCAUUGGAGCCAACAACCCCGCGGUGCAGGUCGAGGAAGAAGCUGCCGACCUCUGGUGCGAAGAGACAGGACAGGUGCAGCCGCUAGUCAAAUGCUUCAUCUCAGUCGGCACUGGACAUCCAGGGAUCCGCAGCGUCUCCGAUAAGGGGCUCAAGCACUUCUUGGAGACGUUGCAGAAGGAGGCAACGGAGACGGAACACACGAACCAGCAAUUCAUGGGCCGCUGGCGGGAUCACGAAGCGAAAGGCCGCUGCUUUCGGCUUAAUGUUGACCAUGGACUUGCGGAUGUAAGGCUCGCUGAAUUCGAAGAGGAGGGGCUGAUCAAGGAUGCAACGUCCGCAUAUUUGGAGAGGAGGGCAACAAUAGUCAUGGUGAGCAAAUGUGUGGACAAUCUGAGGUUGAAAGAAUAUGAGCCCACCGCGGAGUUCAAUAGAAGAUUGAGGGAGGACCUGCACGCGCGAGGGGACCCACCGCCGUACCAGUCAGUGGCAAGAGCUACGCCAUCGGAAAUCGCGGAGCUCAUCGACCUCGGCAACCGCCAUCUCAAAGUCGCCCCAGACCGCAUCACACAAAACGACCUCCUCAAAGCCCGCCAGUACUUCUCCCAAGCCCUCCUCUACCGGCGCAACGACCCCACUACCUCCCCCAAACAAGUCGCGCGCCUCUGUCAAAAACUCAUGGAGACCUCCCUCAGCCUGAGCAUGAAAGCCCGCGACCCCGUCCAACGUAAAGAGUGCGCUGAUCAAGCGCGCGAGUACGGCGAAACCGCACUGGAUAACGUUCUGCAGGGCGGCGACGCGUGCAUGGUGGCGCAGGUGCAGUUUCUACUGGCGUGUGUGAGUGUCUGGAAGGUGUAUUUGGCGGCGAGGGGAGCUGGGGUCGAGCCGCGGAGUCAUCCGGGCAGGCAGGGUGUGGAGAUGUUGAUGGGCGAGAGAUUAGAGGAGCUGAAGAGGUUUCCGAGGUUGGAUAUGGAGGUCUAUGAGGCGCAGGCGGGGAAGUAUCUGGGGUAUUUGAAUAAGCCCAGGCGGUUGGGGUGGGAGUGA